AUGGUUCUAUCUGAUGCCCACAAUAACAAACUGUUCAUCCUCUCUUCACAUUGGGAAGUACAGCAAACUGUAGAUGUCAACAACCCAUUUGGUUUGACUCUCAGUGACAGCUGCACUAAGAUUACUGUGGCACAGGGUGACCAAAAAUCUUACACAGGACCUGAUAACAAGUUGGGUCAAGCCGGUACUGUCUGUGUUGACGCAUAUGACAAUAUACUGGUUACAGACAGUGAUAACCACUGCAUACACCUUGUAUCCCGAGAUGGCAAGUUCAUCAGGUUCAUAGCAACCAAAACUGACGGAUUAUGUAAAUCAUGGGCAUGUGCCAUCAACCAGGGUGGAGACCUGGCUGUGACUAAACCUGAUGGGGAAGUGAAAGUUUUCCAAUACUGGAAAAAAUGA